GUUGGGAGGUGCGUAUGUAUGUAUGGUCGCGCGUCUCCGACGCUCUGCGUGCGUCGUGCGUAUAGAAUAGGUCGGGUGGGCGAAACGAGCAAACGAAUGACCGAAUGAACGAACGGACGAACGAGCGAGCGAGCGGGCAGACGGACGGAUGGAUGGAUUGAUUGGGCGGGCGGACGAGCGGGCGGGCGGAUGGACAGACACACCACGCACCACGUCGCGUGUCACUCCCUGUGUCGCUCUCGCGCGCGCGCGCGCGCGUUGUCCGGCCUCCUCCCUCGUGCCACUACUCUACGGGUUUCUCGACACCUGUCGCGAUAUCGCGCUCCGUGAUAUCCGGUUUGCAGGUCGAUCGGCGGAUCGGUCGGUCGAUCGACGAUCGGUUGGUCGGUCGGUCGGUCGGUCGUAACCUGCCAAAGACACCAAACUAAACGAGAUUCAUACGCGCACACGGCCGCGAAGCACGACGAGCCGAGCGCGAACCCGAGAUUCGCCGACGGCACCCGAUUAUGGCCUCGAUUAAGGGGUGAUUCUCGCGAGAUAUCGCGACUCCCCGCGACGCGCUACUUCGCGACGAGGCCAGCCUCCCCAAGCUCCAAUUUGCACGAGUCUCGCAAUGAGAACCCGCCCAUCGCGGAGUUUUUUACGAGAGAAUUCCAGAAAUCUCGGGGUCAGAACCAUCUGAUUUCCUCGGAGCGGUCGAGUGAGAACGUUUAACGGAGACACACCGUGUCCAUCCAUUAUGACAUGCACGAUGCACGUCAAACCCCACCACAUUACAUGCGGACAAAUCUCGGAAAGGGUGCUUUUCAUUUAUUCUACACUUAUUUCAGCAGUCGUAGGGAGGAAUGAGGCGAAGAGGGAGGAGAGAAAAGAAAAACAAAUAUGUGGCAAAUUCUGACAAAUUGUGUAUAAUCCUUCUUGCUUACAAGAAUGAUAUCGAUCAUAUGAUCAUAAAUCGACAUAUUUCUUUUCUCGCGGGAUUCAUCUUAGUAUGGUUGAGUUAGGUGCCAAACAAGAGACUCGGACGAGCUGUACAUAUUUUUAUCGCUUAUACGUAACAAUUUAAUGGGGAGUGGAAUUUUGCACGGAUUUUCUUCGUCAAUGGCCGACACUUCGUUAUGAUGUUAAAGCUGAACAAAUUCGUGUUUAAGGUUAUCCGCGGAUUCGUACAAUGUGCGUGCGUGACGUACUGCGUGUACGAACAUGUGGGCGAUAUCGUUGUGUGCAGCGGUCCAUCCAUGGAACCUACAUUAUAUACUAAUGACGUAUUAAUUCUGGAACGAAUAUCAGUUAAGUUGCAAAGAUUUGAAAAAGGGGAUAUUGUCAUUUCCAAAUGUCCCAACAAUCCGGAACAAAAUAUAUGUAAGCGAAUUGUAGGCAUGCCUGGUGACAAAAUAAGGAAUGGAUUUGUUGUAACGACGGUAAAUUGUUAGGCUGGGCAUGUUUGGCUAGAAGGUGAUAACAGAUAUAAUUCUACAGAUUCGCGGAUAUAUGGACCAGUACCUCAAGGAUUAUUACGUGGACGAGCUUUAUGUAAAAUAUUUCCACUGAAAGAUAUAACUAUGUUUACAAAUAAAUACGCGACAUAAAUUAAUUAUGAAAAAGAAAUUUGUAUAUUAGAAGAAUUACAAGAAAAUUGAAUUAAAAUUUUAAUUAGGUUAGUUUAUUUUUAAAAUAAAAGAUUACACGCGCGCACACACGCAUAAUAUGUGUAUACACACACACACACACACACACACACAAGAUUUAUAUUUUCUUACAUUUCCAUCCAAAAAUACAUGUCCGUAUUUGUUUUAUUUAUUGAAUUUAUUUUAUUCAAA